AAUAGUGCAGAUAGUUUAAUUCAUUCUACAGAAAAAUCGUUGCAGAAGUAUGGUGAUAAAGUUUCACCUGAAGAGAGAUCUGUAAUUGAAAGUGCCAUUAAUGAAUUAAAACAAGCGCGUAAAUCCGAUAAUAUUGAUUGCGUUGAUUCAAUGCAGCGGAAAGUUACUAACCUUUCUCAAGCUGCUAUGAAGCUUGGAGAGGCAAUGUAUAAUGCGUCACAACAAAAUACUGCUGGCAGCGAUUCUUCACCGACAAACAAUGAAGAAGAAAAAGUAGUUGACUCUGAUUAUCAAGACAUUGGUAAUAAGGAAGAAAAUAAAUAGUAUAAUACCACUUUUUGUACAAUGUCUUCACUUUAUACGAUGACUAUAAGGUGAAGACAUUGAUCAGAGGUAUCGUGUAGUGGGUAAAAAAUUGAAUAAUAUCCAGAAAGCAGUACUAUCAGGCAUAGUUUGUAACAUGAUAGUCUGGUAUGAGUUAACUUUGUUUGGGUCUUUAACGCAUAUAAUAAGUAGCACCUUUUUUGUAUCUACAGCAGGUACAGUACACUUUCUUAUCACUUUUGCAAUCGGUUUUGGAUUUAGGCCAUUGGGUGCGUUAGUUUUCGGUUAUGUUGGUGAUAAGUAUGGAAGAAAAAAGAUUUUACUUACAUCAGUAAUAUUAGUUUCGAUGUCAUCUGCUGCAAUUGGAAUCAUGCCAAGCUUUAAAGAUGUUGGAAUUCUAGCUCCUAUGCUAUUAUUAUUAUGCAGAAUAACACAAGGAAUAGCGGCGGGAGGAGAAACAAGUAUCAAUGCAACUUUUUUGAUAGAACAUUCAAGUGAUAAAAAAAACUUAGGGUUUUUAGGUAGCAUAAAAGCUUUCAGUGGUGCACUUGGUUCGGUUGUAUGUUUUAUAAUGAUAGCUAUUUGUAAAGAAUUUACAGGUGAAGAUUUUGAAGUUUGGGGUUGGAAAUUGCUUUUUUACUUCUGUUUUUUUAUGGGAAUAAUAGGAUUCUUGAUGAGAUACGUAAUGAGCGAAAGUUCAGCAUAUAAAAUACAUAGUCAGAAUAAAAGUUUAUCCCGCUCUCCAUUUUUGGAAUUAAUCCAAAGUUAUAAGAGACCAUUUAUUAUUGCAAUAGGACUUAGUAUUGCUCAAAAUGCGAUCGUCUACUCGAUGAUAAUGUUUUAUAACAUAUCUGUGAGGGAAUUAAGUAUAUCAGGUAUUGAUAUAAAAAAUUUAGUGAGGAUUAUAAGUGAUACCACAUUUGGAACAUGUGCAGUGUUAUUUGCAAUAUUAUCUGAUAAAGUUGGAAGAAAAAAUAUGAUGGUUCUUAUUUUAAUAAUAUUGGCUUUUGUGGGUCUUCCAGUACUUUCACUACUUUCCCAUAGUAAUUACUACAUCAUAGUGUUAACCUUUUCGCUAUCUAGUAUACCAAUAGCUGCAUCUUUUGGAAUAUACAAUUCCCUUGUUUGUGAGCUAUUUCCAACAAAAAUUAGAUGUACUGGUUUCUGUUUAGCAAACAAUAUAUCCGCAGGAAUUUUCGGUGGUAUUUCCCCCUAUAUAUGCACACUUCUUAUAGAAAAAACAGGUACAAAACUUGCAGCAGGUACUUACCUUACUGCUUGUGCUUUAGUUAGCCUGAUAUCUGUACUGCAAAUAAAAACUCAAGAUAAAAAACUUGACUGGUAG